CGCCGGGGCCCCCGAGGUGAAGCUUUCAAUCUUCAAUGAUCCCAUAAGACCAUCACCAAAAGUUGCUCAUCAUGAGUGGCACUGACAAAGAGUGUCCGAAAACUGAUCCAACGGACCCUACAAAUGGCCAAAAGCAAAUAUACGUCCAGGCCGUCUUAUCUCUCGCGCUGGGCGCAUCUGCAUUCCUGGGCUUCUGCUUCCUCCGCCCACGAUGGAAGAGUCUUUACGCUGCACGGAAGAGACAGUCCGAUGCUGCUCUGUCGCUCCCAGAGCUCCCAGAUAGCUUUUUCGGAUGGAUGCCAGUGUUGUACAGAGUAACAGACGCCGAGGUGCUUGCUUCUGCUGGCCUCGAUGCGUAUGUCUUUCUAGCAUUUUUCAAAAUGUCGAUAAAGCUCUUUGGGAUCAUGUUCCUACUCGCAUGCGCGAUCCUCGUUCCUAUCAACAAGCACUUCGAUCAUUUGCCGACUUUUGGAAACAGCACUGAUCCGCAUGCUCCCGACCUUUUCCUAUCACUGGGCCAGGAUGAUUGGGAAUUUGAUGAUAUGUAUAAAGGCUCCGAGAACAAGCUUCCGGACAACAGUUAUUCGUGGGCUUAUCUCGUCUUUACCUACGUCUUCAGUGGCCUCAUAAUCUACUUCAUGACACGGCAGACUUUGAAGAUAGUUCAAGUUCGGCAGGAUUACCUUGGUAGCCAGUCAACAAUCACGGAUCGGACCAUCAGGCUAUCAGGCGUCCCAAGGGAGCUUAGGUCUGAAGAAAAGAUAAAGCAAUUUUUGGAGAAGCUCGAAAUUGGCAAGGUAGAGAGCGUUACUAUCUGUCGCAACUGGAAGAAACUCGAUGACUUGAUGGAGGAAAGAGCCCGCAUACUUCGAAAGCUAGAGGAAGCGUGGACGGUACAUCUUGGGCAACCAAAGAGCAUAAAAUUUGAACCUACCGCGCAACUAGCACACCCUGGCCUUGAAGACGAUAACGAAGAAUCGGAAAACCAUGAGAGAGACAACCUUUUGGGGAACAAUCAUGUCACAACUUACGAGAAACCACGUCCUACUACCAGGGUCUGGUAUGGAUUUCUGAAUCUUCAAAGCAGAAAAGUUGACGCUAUCGAUUACUACGAAGAGGAACUUCGAAAGCUAGAUGAUACAAUCAUCAAGGCUAGAAAAAAGGAGUACAAGGCUACACCUCUUGCAUUUGUCACAAUGGAUUCAAUUCCGGCAUGUCAAAUGGCUGUUCAAGCUAUUCUCGAUCCAUCUCCAGGGCGAUUACUGGCAAAACUAGCCCCUGCACCAUCAGAUAUUAUCUGGGAGAACACCUACCUAACUCGGUCGAGCAGAAUGAUUCGUUCUUGGACAAUCACGAUCUUCAUUCUGGUACUUACAAUAUUUUGGCUUGUUCCCGUUGCUGCGCUUGCUAGCUUGGUAGAUCUUUGUUCUAUUCGACAAGUUUGGCCGCAACUUGCCGACUUUCUCGGAAGCCAUGAUAUCCUGAAAGCUCUGGUACAGACAGGGUUACCAACUUUGGUUGUGUCACUGCUGAAUAUAGCUGUUCCCUUCUUAUACGAUUACCUGGCCAACAAGCAGGGAAUGAUCUCCCAGGGAGAUGUGGAGCUUUCCGUGAUUUCAAAGAACUUUUUCUUCACGUUCUUCAACGUCUUUCUCGUCUUCACGGCAUUUGGGACAGCGAGUAAAUUUUGGCCAGUUCUGCAGGAGUCAUUUAAAGAUGCAACGAAGAUCGCCUAUCGACUCGCUACUUCGGUCAAGCUGCUUGCCAUCUUCUACACCAACUUCAUCCUCCUUCAAAGUGUGGGUCUCCUGCCCUUCAGACUUCUAGAAUUCGGCAGCGUCUCUCUUUACCCGAUUACUCGCAUGGGUGCGAAAACACCUAGGGACUAUGCGGAACUUGUCAAACCACCAGUCUUUAAAUAUGGCUUUUACCUCCCUUCUGCUAUCCUCAUCUUUAUCUUGUGCUUGGUGUACAGCAUCCUCCCUGCCGGCUACAUGGUGCUCUUCUUCGGUUUGAUAUACUUUGUCUUCGGCUACUAUACCUACAAGUAUCAGUUGCUCUACGCGAUGGAACAUGGUAGACAUGCAACUGGACAGGCAUGGCCAAUGAUUUGCUACCGCAUCAUGGUCGGAAUGGGAGUUUUCCAGGUUGUGAUGGCUGGACUGAUUGCACUUCAGAAAUCAUUCACUGCUGCAGUACUUGUUCUACCCCUGAUACCAAUGACUAUUUGGUACAGCUAUUAUUUUUCGCGAGCCUAUGAACCAUUGACUAAGUUCGUCGCUCUCCGAAGCAUUCGACGGGAGAACAAUGCCGAUAUCAACCUCGCGGAUGAGGACUUUGGCACCGAUCAGUCCGUAGGACAACUUCGACGCCGGAGUACAACAGUUGAUGAAUCUAGAGAGAAAGGCUGGAAAUUUGUGAAUCCAAACGUCGUAGCCCCAUUGGAGAAGCCCUGGAUAGAGAAGGAGCCGGAAGCAGAGUCAAAUGGCGAGACAAUACGGCUAGAUCGGGAGGAUAGCGUUGAAAGCAGCACCAGCCUGGGAGACACCCAUAUAUGGCGAGAGAAUGGCGAUGAAAAUGUAUAAAUACCAGUGUUUCGAUACCCGCGGCAUGAAUGGCGUUUAGGGUGGACUUCAUUGCCACGAGGAAGGGUCGCCCUUUCCUCUGGCUGGGUUUAGAGUUUUGCGUAGCACGUAUACCCCCAUGUUUCCUUUUCUGGGUUUUAUUUAUAUCAUACGAAGU